GCAGCAGAAUGGCGCCUGCAGCCCUUCUCCUCUUCGCUAUACCCCUUUCCACUGCAUACAGAUCAGAACACGCAUCGAGAUCUCUCAUUUCGAGGUCUGCAUUCCUUCCCUCUUUCAGCCUAUCUGCAGCUGGCCACUCACGCAAUGCCGCCCGGCCGCAUCGUCUUGGCGCAGCGCCAUCAGGCGGCCCCUCUACAGUAACAGCGGUGCUUGACGAAGUCAAGCCCAAGGAGCCCAAGGAGCCUGAGCCUGAGUUCGAGGUGGCCGAGGCGGCAGGCAAGAGGAUGCCCGAAGUGCUGCAGGUGAGUGAUGAGUGAGUGAGUCCAGCGGAAAGUUUACUUUGUCGUCAUCUUCUCCUUGUCGUCCUUUUGGCUUGAUGGAUGUUGCAGGAGGAGAAGCCUGCGACGAUAGAGCUGAGGCGGGUCAAGACUGCUGACCCGACCGUAUUCACGCCCGACACAACCGGUGAGAAAUGCACCCACCCACCAGAGCCCUCCCUCCAUCUUGAUGCAUUGUCAUGCCUGCCCACGCCACGUACAGAGAGCAUGCGCGGCAAGCUCUACGCAGCCUCGGCCAUAGGCGGCAGUGCAGGCCUUCUCGCUGGCUCUAUUGCAGGCGGCGAGCAAGCCCCCGUGCUUGCCCUGGUGUUCGCGGCUGUGGCAACCAUUGAGGCGACACGCAACACGGGUGCGGGAGGAAAGUUGCGGGAGGCUGGCGGGGCAGUUGUCAGCGCCAUCGAUGCGGUGAGGCAGCAGGUGACCAGCAGGGGGUAUGACGAGGGCCUCCUCGGCGCCGGCAAGUCGUUCUUUUUGUGGCUGGAUGAGUAUUUGAAGAAGAACGAUAUCGACACCAGCUUCACCAAACAACUCAUCAAACGUACGGCCUGCAGAAUGGGAAUCAAUGUAUGUCAUUCAUCGACGAGCGUGUAUUGUAUGUUCCUUGCUCGUUGCGUGAUGCACAUCAUCAGGGCAGGGCGAGCUCCUCAACGAUUACCUGUUCUCUCCCACACACAAGGCCUUCACGGCAAUUUCCGAGGCCGCUGUGGCACGUGUCGGCCCGACAGACCCAGCACGCUACUACCGCAGCUCUUUCCCGCCAUUCUAUGAGCGAGUGACCGUGUUGCGGACCAUGGGUGAUGGGGUGCACUUUCUCGAGCAGCCGCUGCUCAUCGGCGGCGUCAGCUUUGGGCUGAGGUCUGUCGUCAUCGAACUGAAUUGUAAAGAUACAUACACGUGUGUGUGAGAGCAGUGGAGGGAGGCACUCAUGGGGUGUUGUUUGAUGGCUGUGUGUCGUGUGUGUGUGUUGUGCAGCGUCGAGAGACCUGAUGGUGAUCAAUCCCGUGGCCCCGACGCGGGAGCUGAUCAAGCUGGUCAACAGCUUGAGGGGCACGGUCAAAGCGAUAGUGGUGCCCAACACGUCGCCAGAGCACCAGCCCUAUGUGCAGGAGUUCCUCGACAGAUGCCCUGGCGCAAAGGUAAUGAACAAACUCACCAGUGCUGCACCACUGCGGGCACGUGACGUACUGCGUGUGUGGUGGUCAUCAGGUGUAUGCGUCGAGGCUGCCGCGUGACGACAGUUACCGUGUGGAUGAGCUGCUGUCAGAGGAGGCACCACCGAUGUGGAAAGGCGUCAUCGAGCAGGCCGUGUUGGACGGCAGUGCAAGCUUCAGGGAGGUGGUUUUCUUCCACAAGCCAUCCAAGUAGGAUUGGGGUAGCAAUGGAUGCAUCCAUCGAUGCCAUCGACGUCUCCGAUCGAUGUGUGUACGUUGUGGAUUGCAAUGGUGAUGGUAUGUAUGGUCGCCAGGUCGUUGAUCGUGACAGAUUUCUGCGCCAUGGUUGACGACGCCUACAUCGCUGAACAAAACUACGUCGACAGCGUCGUCACCGAAAACACCGCCAUGAUACUUGGUAACCCAGCCACCCCAGCCACACCAACCAACACAUCCCACUGGCGCACACACAGAGGCACACGUCUCUCUCCUCUCUCUGUGUGCCUUUCUGCUGAAAGGUCUGUACAACCAGACGGGCCUUCUGGUCGACCGAGUGCUGACCAGCUACCCCCUCCGCAACAAAGGAUUCAUCCAGAGGCUCCUCUCAUGGCCAUUCGCGCGCAUCGUCCCAGCUCAUGGCGUCGCGCCCAUCAAGGGCGACGCAUCCUAUGUCAGAUCGCUGCUGCAGCAGUGCGGCGCUGUUGACGGCGGCGACAGGCGGCCGUCCGGUGUGUCGUCGUCCAUCAAUGUGGAUGUGGAGCCGCUGAAGGACGCCGUACAGAGGUCCAUAUUUGGGAAGGAGGAGGGCCGGAAGACAGAGAAGGACAAGAAUGUGACGAAGGCAGGGAAGAAGGAAGAGCCGGUCGUCAAGGCGGCCAAGUGACGAUGAUUGGGGGGGUGAAAGAUCAUUUUCGGAGUGACUACGUGUGUGUGUGAGAGUUUUUUGCCCAAUGGUGAUGGCAGGGCUCGGCGAAAGGGUCGUGUGAUCGAUUGCAUUGCGUGCGUGUCUCUUUGUCUCUGCCUGUGCUGUGCUGUGCUGUGCUGACCUGUGCUCUCCAUGCCAUGCCAUGGAUGGCUUCUUGACGUGUGCUUACACACCGGUGCGUCUUUCUGCGUACAUGCAUGUACUGCCUUUAUCCACUCGUCUCGUCUCAUCUGCCUGCCUGUGUGUGAGGGAUUCUGCACCUUACUACCUUUUGGCGAGAGGGAUUCUGACCAUCAAUCACCACUGAGAGAUGCGAGAGGGGGGGCCAUAGUGACAGACAUGUCAUGGAUGAUCGCUGUGCAUGUGCCAUAUGACGAUACGAUCGAUGAGACUCUCGGCGUUGUCGUCUUUUUGGUAACACAACACACUUUCUGAUUCGGCCAAACUGACUGAUUGACGUGACCGACACUGUACAGGCCAACGUGUGAAGGGAACAGACACACAGGUACAUGCAUUGCAUAUCUGUCUGUCUGUCUCCCUCAUAGACGGUCAUGCCAUGCAGACGAGACGAGCCCACGACCCAACCCCAUACGACGCGCACGACACGAGUACAUGGGCAUGACAUGGGUCCAGUCCACAAUGAAUGCAGUGAUUGAUUGAUUGAUACAUGAAUCAAGGUAUGUAUUGCCGGCCGGGCUCGGCUCGAGGGACCUUUCUCCCCUCUAGGUUGAUUACCU